AUGCCGACUCACGUUAUUGCCGUUGGGGAUACAUUUUGGCAAUUAGCUCUACGAUAUGCAUGCCCAUUAGAAGAUCUCCUAGCCGCUAAUCCCAAAGUUAAACCAGAAUUUUUAGUACCUGGACAGAUAAUUGAAAUUCCGUCUUCGAGUAUAAAGCCGGAAUGGCAACGUGAAGAAAUUGAGCAAGCACAUUCUCGUUACACCGAUGUACCUCGCGAACCCACCGAUAAACUAUUGACACCAAUCAAAGGUUACAAAGAUGUUCCUGUGUUACCUUUGGAGAAAGCAAUUCAACCUAUUCAACACUUGUUCCAUAAUCUAAGCGAUUAUGUUCACACUGCUAAGAAAAAUUGUCGUUCACCAAAAGAUCAGUUAUCGCAGGACGAAUCUGCUGCUAUACAUUUGUACACCAUGGAAUUUUCAGUUGGUCCCAGUUUUUAUCAGCUACUGAACGAAACAUUACGUUCUGAACAUCGUGAUAGUUUAAAACCCUGGUUUCACUAUCUUAAACUAUUUCUAACUGCACUUCAAAAACUACCCACACAUCCUCGAACGACCGUCUGGCGUGGUGUGAAGGAUGUUAAUUUGAGUAAAGAUUAUAAAACUGGAGCCCAAUUUGUCUGGUGGAGUGUGAGUUCAUGUACAACUGCUGUUGACGUUCUUCAAACAGAACAAUUUCUUGGGAAAACGGGGACGCGAACACUUUUCUCAGUGGAAUGUGACACAGCAAAAUCUAUUAGUAACCACUCAUAUUACAGUCAAACAGAACGAGAAAUGAUUUUGAUGCCAGGAACCUUUCUUGAAGUGGUUGGCCGACUAAAUCCAGCGGAAAAUCUGUUCAUAAUCCAGCUUAAAGAGAUUCCAUCAUCCACGCAGCUCGUCCUACAGCCACUAGCACUUAGUCCUCAGUUCGAAAAUAUGACAACAAUCAAAGCGAGCAUAACAGCGUACGGAUGGAACGACAAUUUUCCGCCCAGUGCAAAGAACGCCUUUCCAAAAAAAGCUGGUCAUCCGACACUGUAUGAUGAAUCUACUGUAGGAGACGGAUCUUAUUCAUAUCCGAUUUCAUUUGCAUCAAAUCCUAAAGCGCUUCCAAUUGGCACGAGAAUCUAUUUACCUUACUUGAGAAAAUAUUUUAUCCUCGACGAUUAUUCGGAAGCGGCGACUAUCAAAUGGAAUAACGAACAGAAACAUCAUAUUGUUUUAUGGUUGGGACGACAAGGUGCAGAGAGAGUCCAUGAGUGUCGGCUAAAACUAGCAAGAGAAGAGACAGAAAUAUUUGUUAAUCCGGAAGAACAUUUACCGGUAAAUACAGUAUCGUUUUUUACAUUCGGCAUUUGCACAAUUCUGACGUUUGAUUAG